GGGGCGCGGCCAAUGGGAGCGCGGUGCGCGCCGCCCGAGCCGGCGGCCAUGGAGCCCCGCGCGCCCUACGACGACUUCCCGGUGGUUUUCCUGCCGCCCUACGAGAGCCCGCCAGCCUGGGUCCCGCCGCACCAGAGGGUGUUUCACCCCGACUACAACAACGAGCUGACGCGGUUCCUGCCCCGCACCAUCGCCCUGCAGAAGCCGCCCGGGGCGCAGUUGGGCUUCAACAUCCGAGGAGGAAAAGCUUCCCAGCUGGGGAUCUUCAUCUCCAAGGUGAUCCCGGACUCGGACGCGCACAGGGCGGGGCUGCAGGAGGGGGACCAGGUGCUGUCAGUGAACGACGUGGAUUUCCAGGACAUCGAGCACAGCAAGGCCGUGGAGAUCCUGAAGACGGCGCGGGAGAUCACGAUGCGCGUGCGCUACUUCCCCUACAAUUACCAGCGGCAGAAGGAACGGACUGUUCACUAACAGGGAGCUCUGCUGGGGCUCCUCCUGCACAAACCUCUCCUGCUUUCCCACCUCCUGAGAUGGCCCAACACGUCCAGCUCCCACUGCAGGCACAGCUGUUGUUGGGAUGGAAAAGCACGAGGGGCUGAGGCUCCUGAGCAAAGCAGGGACCUUGUCCUCCAUGAAAUCCCCCUGUGCCCUUCUCUCAUGCCAUGGAAUUCUUUCUUUCUCCUCUGUCCCACCUCUGCUCUGCUCUGCUGAGUUUGCUGGGGGAUCCAGGAGUAAAACCCACCCAAACUCCGUGCCCAGCUCUGGCUGCACUGGGCUCCUUGUGCCUCUGUGCUGGGAAUGACCCCGGGAUACAGGGCUGGGGUGAUUGGAAAUGUUAAUUAUAAGCAAAUGUGGGUGCCAAUGCCUGCUGGGAUCAUGUUUAAUGGCUUCAGGACAGCCCUGGCUUUGCCCUUUUCUUCCUUGUGGUGUUUUUCAUUUCAUCUAUAAAAACAAUAAAAUGAGUAGAGCAGCCCAAAUUCCCACUCAGGAA